AUGUCCAGCAACUGCUUAUUGUAUCUUAGAUCAUACACGAGUCACAGAGGCCAUGUGACUAGACAGUUGAAUAAGUGUGAUCAGCUGGUUCAGUCAGGUGCCACAGCCAAAAUACUAGAAAACCACAUAGAAGUGGCCAAGCAAAAGUUGCAGAGAACAAACGAGGCUGCAGAUGACUAUCUCAAAGUCCUCAUGCAAAAGAAUGCUGAACCUGAUAAACUAGAUACCUUCCAUGCUGAGACAGAACAGUUUGAAGAGGGUGUUCAAGAUCAUCUAGACAAAUUAACACAAUCUCUAGAAAAAUUGCAGAGCAAAUCAGUUUCUCAAAAUACUCUGACCACGAUUGAAACUGAUAAACAGGAAACAAUCCAGAAAGUUCGUCUUUCAAAAACUGAUUUUCCUCACUUCCAUGGUAGAGAUGAAAAUUUCGAAUGCUAUUGGAACACAUUCGACUCCUUAGUAAACUCAAAAGGCUCUAUUAGCAAGCCUAAUAAAUUCCUCAAUUUGCAAAGUACUCUUGUGGGUGAAGCAAAUGCAGUUGUCGAGUACCUAAUUCCUAGUGAUAAGGACUACGAUACUGCUAUUCAGUUACUAGAAGUUAAUUACAGCAAUAAAAAAAUUCCUAUUGCUAAUCUUUAUUAUAAGUUAAGAGCGAUACCUACACCUGAAGCUCUAUAA